AUGUCCUCGACCCGAAUCGCGCUUGCCGGUGCGACAGGCCACCUCGGAGUUCCCCUGCUCCAAGCUCUGCUUGACGCAAACUUCUUAGUCACUGUCCUUUCACGCAAGGGCGGCAGCAACGCUGCCAAGCUGGCGGUUCAUCCCAAUCUAGACGUACAGAAAGUAGAUUUUCGGUCCAUGGAGUCCCUCCGUCCGGCUCUUGUGGGUGUGGAGCUGGCGAAAGGUGCGCUCGCAGACGUUGAUGGUGCGAUGCUCGGCCUCUGCAUUUGCGGUGCCACGAGCAGUGACUACGGGUGCGACUUUUCUGAUCGCCUGGACAAUGAGCUGCUGGGUAUCGAGAAAAUGGACGAGAAAAAGUUGAGGGCCUUGAUUGCAAGUUUCCUAGGAUAG